UACCAUUUUGUACAUAAAUAAUCAUUAUCUCCAUCAAUUACGCCUCGUACCAGCAACAAUUGACUCCUACCCAUCGAAGUGAUCGAUUCCUCGUAGAGGAAAACAGCAGCCAUCACGCAAUGGAGCCGAAAGUACGGCGGCCCACAUUCGUUUAAUUUGAGUCCCCUCAAACAGUCUCUUGCCUUCCUCUCCUCCCCCCGAAAUCGCAGAGACAACAAAUGACUGGCACAUCUUGGGUAAUGAAGCUCCUCCCCUUUCCCAUUCCAGCUCUUCUUUUUCACCCGACAACUUGUCCUUUACCCCGAAGGACAUAACCGGCUGUAUUUCUCUGUCAGCAGGCUGUUACCUCGAGUAACCCAACUCAGUGAAAGCUGUGGCAAAGGAAGAGCCUAUUCCGGCGCAGACAGACCGAUUUGAACUGUUCCAUCAUCUCUGGCAUUACACAUGACCAGAGACCUUUCGCGAUGACGUUCGCGUAUAUCCGGGGACAUUCACCCGUAUUUUCAAUCGUAUCGAGCCUACUUAAUCUUCCAGAGCCGAUGUGACAUUCCUUAGCUCCCCAGAUCAGCAGCUCAUCCGUUUUCUCUAUCACUCCGGCAACCCAUCCUCUCUUUAACAGAUCCCCCAAGACCUUUGGUAUUGCCUUUGGCCAUGUCCUCCACUGUACUGCAUGUGUACUCAAGGUUAUCUCAAUCAAGGUUAUCUCAAUAGAUGGUCUGCGAAAAGCUCUGCAGAGAGAGAAGAUACCAAGAAUAAGGUGGGAGAGAGGGGGGGCCGGAGCUAAAAAGGGCUCGAACGUCUAGUUGAGCAACAGAAGGCGCGACGUCCCAUACGAUUCUCAGAUGGAGAGCCCAGCUUAGAGCCCAGCUUAUAUGGGAGAUGCACAGCCGGGUAAAAUUCUCCGUCACUAAUUGGACAGAACUCUUUAUCAAGAUGACGAUGGUGAAAGAGAGGAUGGCAGCUUUCUCCUGACCCUCAACUUCUCCAUUGACUGGGCCGAUCCGUCCGAAUCCCGAAAGGAUCCGGCACGGUCAAUGGGCCCUAUAGUGAUGCAGUUGGCCGAUCUCCCCAAUCAAUAUAGGUCGCAGUUCCUGUACACGAUGUUGAUGGGUAUCACUCCUGCUCCAAGGGAGCCUCCCAGUUGUUUCCUUCAUCGCCUCCUUCUUCCCUUGGCAGUGGAGCUUCUCAGCGCACAUUGUGAUGGGUUAUGGGUCAAGACACCAAAAUAUCCUGAAGGGCGGCUGAUUUUAUCAGCCUUGGCACGAUUUACUGUGACCGACCUGCUGCUGUGGCUGUUACCGGGUGCCCUCACUACAAGAGGAAAGACUCGCCAUGCCUCAAAUGUCUGACCCCCCAGAGCAAAACGAGAACAAGAAGGGUAGCCACCUUGGAGGUUUCAGGAUUGAGGUUUCUGUCCAAGCACCUACACUUGAAAGGGCAAGGCAGCUUGUCAAAGACUCGGGUCUGCUGCAGCUCAAUACCUGGUUUUACAACUCUAGCAACCCACACCUCCAAAAGUUCAAACUGGAUAUCAAGACAGUCACAAAGGAUUUGUACCAACCCGGCCUUCUUAUCCUCUAAGGUCCAGUAAGGAGCAUUCGCUUGCUAUGAAGACUCAGCAGCUGGAAUUCCUACGGCAGUUUGCCUACCGUGGCGUCAAGUUCCUCAAUGCGCGGCCUACAUCGCAAUAUAGGACACUUACCUCCUUCUGUAAUUAUGCGCUUGGCCAAAAAUGGCCUGUUAGAAGGCGUUGAGCUAGAUGGGUUUGGCUCCCCAGUCAGCAAAUGUCCCACGUGUCCCUCGGUGAGCAGGGAAAAGGACCUUCCCGCAAAAGGCAGCACUGGAAAGGAUAUCGGACUCCAUGUUCGCCGUAAAAGGUCAUCCGUCGAUCUUCGAUCUUUUCCCUGGCUUCGACAAAGUCGCACAUGCCGUCGUUGAGCCAAUGCAUGCCCUCCUAGAAGGAAUUCUUCCUUGCUACAUUAGGAAGGUAAUGAUAUUGGGAAAUUUUUGUGCGAUGCCCCCUGUCGAUUGGGACAUAGAGGGAGAUGCUGUGAAUCUCGCGGGCGACGGUUGGCGACGACGUUCACAAACAUCAUGGAAAAGGGAGUUCAGCUGGAGAAUAAUCCUGAGGACAUUGAGAAGAUCCACGAAAUCGCGUCCAAUGUGUUACCCGGUACUGAGGUUGAUGGCGAUCUUAUUCUCUCCAAAAAGAACCUCUUUCAACUGGAGUCCAUGAUGGAGAGGGUUAUCGUUCCUCCUUACAUUGACACGGUUGGAAAGGGGUUUUUCACCAAACAAGCCAAGCCUACAGCUUCCCAAUGGCGUAUCUGGGGUGAGAUCUUAGGACCCUUGCUGAUGCCUUGGUUAUCGGCUGUGGAACGGUCUGCCGGAGCGCCUUUGCCUGACCAAGGGUUGACCGUAGCGAUGAAGCUCUUCGCCAUCGUGAGGUACAGCUUGCAGUCAGCAAUCUCGGAAACACUCACGACUUCGACUCCUGAUUGAUGAUUUUUUUUAACCUUGUUGCCCGGCUCCAUCCUAUCUGCCAUCACGAGUGACCAACUUUCAUAUCGUCAAAGCACUUCCCAAACGAUAUCUUAGCCUAUGGUCCUUUUUACGGAUGGAUGGCUGGUAGUCGAGGGUACUCUCACCCCCCUUGCUUUAGUUUCUCCGACAGAGAUAAGAACUAUCCGAACAAUAUCUUAUCUUAAACACGGCGGACAAGAGGAUUGUCUACUUUGAGAGCGGCUUCGUCCGCAGCAGGAAUGACGCAUCCUGUUUUGUCGUAAGUAGCCAGUCGUCGGUGAUUACUGUUGUGGUCUUUAUCCAGGCAUGUUGUAACCUUGACCCUUUAAUACAUUGAGGUCUCGACUUGCCCGCGAGCCUAAUGAAGUCCUUUCAUCUGGCGAAUAGAGCUGGGAAACCAAGGUUGUCCCCUCUGUCGCCAUAUAAUCAUCCCAUUCUCUGAGAACGAAACUUCUCAUGGCAGCGACUUGAGUAGGUUCAACGCUUACUUGUUGAGGUGCCGCAUCUCCUUUGAGCAUGUUAUCGGCUUUUAUAAAGGCCCUUUCCGGUUUGCGAAGGGUGUGAGGUUCCAGAUUCGAUCUUUUCGCCUGCUGGAACUUCUAUAGUCCUACGUCCAGACCUCUUUUGUCUUGCAUAUGCUUACAUAUGACGAUGUAAUGGAGGGAAGAACCUUGGAUGUCGGCCGGGACGUGUUCUACCUUUAAAAACCAAUGCAUAUUUGAGGAGAAGGAUAGGCGAGGGAGGCCUCACCUUGCAAGCGAGAAUGAGAACCAAGAGGCAGCAGGAAGGUUUGUGUCUUUUAGGAGGUGAUCUCAAGGUCCCAGUCACACAAAGGUUUGGCAGCAGAGGGAAAACUGUACCGCCCUUUUGUUGAGUGAGCGAGUAAAUGGGAACAGCGGAGAUCUGCCGAGAGGGAGUGAAGGAGUUUGUGGCAG